GUGGACCAUCGGCCUAUUUAAGAUAUGUUCAGAAGUCACUCGUCUCGGCUCUAGCGAGAGUCAGUGCAACUCGUACAGUAGCUAUGGCAGCAUUAUGAAUUUUAACUACUAUGGAACUGCGGGACUAAGUAUCAUUGGCUGUAUCCUCCUCUUCUCAACUGUCAUCGUUGCAAUCGCCGGGUGUGCUAGCACAAGACCAGUGCGUCCGACUGUCCAAAACCUGUUUGGUAUCUGGUAUUCUUCUUUCGGGUUUACUGUUACCACUGUCGUCUGGUUUUACUCGACCCAGUACAAAAACUCGAAGACUCUAGCUCUGCUGUCCUUGACAUCUUCUGUAGAUGUCAGUCUUGGCUACUCUUUCUACCUUUUGGCGGUAUCUGGAGGAGGUACGCUUAUUGCCGCCAUUACUUUCAACGUUAUUGCAAAUAACAUGGAUGCUCCGCAGACUGUCGCUCCUGUCCCAGCUGCAGCGGGACCACAGGUGUUUGUGAUGAACUCAAGUGUUCAACAGCAGGGUCCCACUGGCCAUCCACAGCCUGGCUACAGUCAACCAGGAUAUCCACAGCCUGGCUACAGUCAGCCGGGAUAUCCACAACCAGGUGAUGCACCAAACGGACCCGGCUAUGCGGGACAGCCAAAGGUCGACCCAUCGCAUCCAAUGAAAUAAAAGUGUCUUUCUUCCCGCAUUUACAACAAUGGCUUAAAUAUAUGUUCGAAUAUAUGGAAUGUUUGAGUGUACAUGUAUUUUAGAGAUUUUUGCAAUCGGACUUUUUUGUUUCUUGUAUUCUUGUAUUUUUGCAUUAUCAGUAAUAACUCUUUAAAUCAAGAUUUACCAAAAAUGAUCACUCAUGCGUAAUAUGAAGAAAUCAAUAAAAAGGUCCUUUCUCAGAAAAUUUCAACUUUAAAAGUAUGAUAGUAGAAUAUGAUCGUCAUUACAAUAACAAUUGCUGAUUUACUAAAUUGCAUGGGUGUAUAUCUCCCUACCAAAACAAGUAGAUAAACGAGACCAUUGUUG